CUAACACCAUUUCUCUCUCUCUCUCUCUCUCUCUACUUUGCUUUCACUGAGCAGUCUUCCAGGGUUUCUCUCUCUUUCGCUUCCUAUGGAAUUGUAAAUUCCACCAAAUCUUUGGACUCUAUUACGAUUUCUGGUUUCCAGUGGGUUUUAUUUAUUCAAAGCGGAUUUUUCACGCCCAAGUUUCAAUUCGUCUACAAUUCUGUUUGUGUCUUUGUGUUCUCUUACAGGUUCUUCUCCUACGGGACGGAAUCAUUGUUACCCAAGCUUUGGAUGCAGCAGAAGAAUUGCUUUUGAAUUUGGUGUAUUGUGACGAAGAGAUAUGAGUACGAAACUCUUGCAUAUUCAGCCCAAGGAAUUACAAUUCAUAUUUGAAUUGAGGAAACAAAGUACGUGCACAGUUCAACUAGCCAAUAACACUCAUCAUCACGUUGCGUUUAAAGUUAAAACUACAUCACCUAAGAAAUAUUGUGUUCGACCAAAUGUUGGAAUAAUUUUGCCAAAAUCAACAUAUGAAUUUUCAGUUAUAAUGCAAGCUCAACGGGCUGCUCCACCUGAUAUGUUGUGUAGAGACAAGUUUUUAAUUCAAAGCACAAUUGUUCCUUCAGGGAUGACAGAAGAGGACAUCACUGCAAGUAUGUUUUUAAAAGAUGGAGGUAAAUAUAUUGAAGAGGAUAAGCUCAAAGUGGCUCUCAUUAGUCCGCUGAAUUCCCCAUUACUCUCGCCUACUGAUGAUGGAGCAUUGGGCGCAAGCAUGGAUGAAGUUAUGAAACUUAACGAGCAUAGUGGACCAUUAAGAGAUGGGAUAGCCACCAAUAAAACUCCAAAGCUGAAAGAUCAAAAUGGUUCAUCGGAUGAGGUACGUUCCUCUGGGGUUUCGUCACUAAGAGAUCAAAAUGGACAAUCAAAUGAGGGGAUGACCGAUGAGGCUUCAAGAUUCAAAGAUGAUUUUGUUGCAUUGAAGGGGGUGCGGACCAUUGAAGCUUUAAAACCAUCUGAUAAAAAUGGAGCAUUGAGGAAGGAGGUUCUGCCUCAUGAGACUUCAAGACUGAUGGAUCAAAAUGGAACAUCAAAGGAGGAGCUACCUCAUGAAGCAUUAAAACUGAGCGAUCAAAAUGGAGCAUUAAAGGAGGAGGAGUUGAGUGUUGAAGUCCCCAAAAAAAGAGUUCAAAAUGGAGCACUGGACUGGCGAGCAUAUGAAACUUCAAAUGUUGAGAAUCUACCACCAACCGUUGUUGAUGUUCAACCUCCACCAUUUGAAAGAAUAUUUCCUGAGGGGGGGCUAGCAUAUAAAGCUUCACAUGUGGAGGAUCUAGUACCAGAAACUGUCGCAAUUCGCCCUCCAGAUUUUAGUUUAAAACAGUUUCCCGACAGUGUGGAUGAAUCCCUAGAGCUGAACAAUAGCGUGUCGGGAUUACAAAAGUCUGCUGAGAUAAGGAAAGCAGCAGAACUGGACCUGGUAACACUGAAAAAGGCUGAACAGCUAAAGUUAGUUAAGGACAUUGAUGAGAUGAAAUCAAAGCUAAAUGAAAUUGAAUUAAAGCUUGGAGAGGCUCAAGGUACCAUUUCAAUGCUGUUCGAGUCGAGGAGAUUAAGUGCUCAAGAAGUAAAACACUUGAAGGAGAAAUUGAUGGAACUGAGUAGGAAGGGCAGGGCGAGCAAUCAAGUUGGUUUUCCUCCUUUGUUUAUCUGUAUGGUGGCGCUUAUUUGCGUUGUGCUCGGAUUCAUUUUGCACCAUUGAAGGUAAGGUAAGGUGUAGAGGAUUGCAGAAAACAUGUAAAGGAAUAUCUUAGUUAUGUAGAUAGAUGGGUAGCUAGCGUGCUGGGUGUUAUCAAUAAGAUACAGAUUUUGAUUUUGGGCACUUGAAGUUUGCUGCUUAUUUAGUAUGCAAUUCAGAUUUUGAGUAUAAAUGUUAACUGAGAUGUUCAUCUGCUUUUACUAAUGUCGGCUUUCUUGUCUAUUUUAAACUAAAUUUAUGGA